AUGUCGGGCACGGGAGGAGGGAAGAACUACGACUCCCGAAGAGGAGCGCAGCCCGCCCUGGCUCGGCGGCAGGAAGCUAGGCGGGGCGGCAGCGAUCCCCACAACAUCCGGGCCCCGGCGGAGAGAGGCUCCGCGUUGGAUCUGGUAAAAAGGCUUCUCCCCAGCGCUCACUGGUCUUCUUGCCAUCCGCUGCCGGGAAAGACUGCGUUUGCCGAAAAAAUAUAUAAAGAAGAUACCGAGAAUGACCGAGACAAGAAAUGUGCUUCAGCUUCAAAUUCAGGCACAGAAGUGAAACCUGAACAAGUUCCUCCUUGUGUGAACCCUGGCAAUCCUGUGUUUUCAUGUAUGUUGGACCCAAAGACACUCCUUACAGCCACCUCACUAUCAAAACCUAAGAUGAUUAUGUAUAAAACCAGUUCAUGUAAUUAUGGUGAAUUUUUACCUAUGCCACAGUUUUUUCCCUGCAGUUAUACUCCAAGGGAGCAAGUAUUUUCAAGCCAUAUUAGAGCUACUGGAUUCUAUCAAAAUAACUCUCUAAACACUACACCUGAUAGAACCAGAACCCUUGAUUUUCCUAAUUUUCAACAUACUCUAUGAAAAUAUAUUCCUUUGUAUAUUUAAGAGAAAAUAUACUCAGGAAAAAUGAGUUUUAAAUCUAAGGCUAGAAUACCUAAUGUGGAACAUAGAAGUAUUUGAAUUAGUUAAAGAAUACCUUUAAGAAAUAAAGCAUUUGAACUGAUAACUGAAAAUAAAAAUGUGUUCAAAAUAGAAUAAAAAGUAGACAUCUUUUAGUACAUCUUGGCUUUAUUUAGUACAUGUUCUCCAAAAGUUUCAAAAGGCUUUAGGAUCUCAGUUGUCCACUGAGUAUAUUUAUCAAGACAAAGAAACACAGGAGCGCUAAGAAAAAAAUUGAAUUAAGGAAGACUGACCAGUAAUUUCCCAGUUUUCUGUUAUUUCAACUAAGGGCUUAGAACCUAGGAGAACGUUAGUUUCCAUGCUAGGCUAGUAGAAGAAAAGACCUGUUAUUCAUUCAUUCAUUUGGCAAAUAUUUAUAGAACGCCUACUUAUGACAGGCACCAUACAAUGCUAAUGAAACACUGGAAUAAAAGACAGUGUCUUUUAUUGUUUAAAUGAAUAAUAUUUUAGGGGACUGAGAUUAGCAAAUUAAUAAAUUGUGAUAAUUUCUGUAAAGUAUGCAAAACGUCUUUCAGACACAAAGACAGAUUGCUCAAAUUCAGAGCAAGGACAUCCGGAGAAGCAUCCUGGAGAAGGUAAAAUCAAAUCAAAGGAAAGGUCAUCCAGGAAGAAGAAGCAAUACAUUUAAGAGUACAAAGAUGCAAGAGAUGUGGUACUUUUUUUAUAAACGCAAAUAAUAUGAUAUAUCCUUAACACAGUGUGAGCAGUGGUAGAUGAUGGACUAUACUAUUCUUCAAACUCUGUAAUUCCACUGUAUACAAAGACUUAUUUAUUUAUUUCAGCUGCCAUCUGUUGUAACCACACUUGAGUCUGAGUACAUGUAUGGAAAAAAAUCACUGUUAGUUUCAGGCUCAGGAUCUAACAUCAAUUAGAAAAAUAAUCUUGUGAGUUCCUAAGGCAUCAGAAAAAUUGGAUCUUCUGUUUACAAAAAAUGGUUUGAUGUGAGGAAAUAGCUCAAACUCUGCCUCAUGAGGUUUUUCCAAAUACCUCAAAAUUUGAGAUUUGUUAAUGACAGAAGCAAGAAAAAUUAGUUUUGUUCACAUCCUUUAAAACAUCAAAAAUCCAGGAAUUGCACAAGAUAUCUAGGUGAAUAAAGCAAAUUUAAAAAUUUGAGUUUAGUAGCCUUUUCUCCGCAAAAUCUAUAUAACCUGUUUUUCCCCUUCACUGCAGGUACUCGAUCUUUGGCAAGGGAAGUCAACUUUCUAAUAUUCAGAAUCUAGAUAUUAACCUAAAAUUUCUUACAAUGGCAGGUGGCUAGAUCCUUUUUGUUUUGUUGUUGCUAAAAUUCUCACAUAGGCUAUAUCUCAGAAUUAAGCACAUUGUCUGGAAUGCCAUUAUGUAGUCAUUCAGUGCCUGUUGUUGAAGUCCAGGGACUCCUGUAGGCACUAAGAGCCUACCCUCAUGGAGCUUAGAUUCUAGUAAGUUCUAGGAGGAAAAAAAAAAAACAAAAAACAUAUGUAUAGAUAUGUAAGUGUGUAAGUAUAUAUACAUAUUAUGUACUGUAAAUAUUUAUGUUUACAUAUGUUACACAUACAUGUAUUAUGUUUUAUAUACAUAUAGGCAUAUAUUUACAUUUAUAUACAUGUAUAGAUGUGCAUAUGUAAAUUAUGUAUACAUAUUUACAUGUAAAUAUUUAUGUAUGCCUAUAUAUACAUAUAAAACAUGCCAAGUGAUAAAUGUUAUGGGGAAAAUGGAAUAGGGUUGGGGGAAAAGGAGUGCUUGGGCAAAGAGUUAUAUUUGGUAGAUUGGUCAGGGAAGGUCUCUGAUAAGUUGAUGUUUGACCACACCCAUGAAGGAAAUGAAGGGAGUAUCUGGGGAAAGUAGAGCUGUUGUGAGACAAUUGAAUAUGUAGUCUGGAGUUCAAGGGAGAAGUCCAAGUUGAAUACAAUCAAUUGAACAAUAUCCACACAAAGAAAUUAUCUGAAAUCAUGACACUCGAGACUGAGACUCGGUAAGACUAUAAAGUAUUCAUA